UAGCAGUGCUGUGGUAGCAGUGCUGUGCACAAGGCUGUGGCCCCCGCCAAUCAUGAUUUACCGCGGGUGGCCAGCCACGGGAGCUCCAGGAAGCUUGCACACUUUCGCCGCUCCUCGGCUACCUUGACUUCUUCUUUCAUCAUUUUUCUUUUCGCCCCAUGCCACAGUGCAGCGUUUUGUCCUGUGGGGGGGCUUGACGCUCAGUUCGUCAUCCAUUCAACGACGUCCUAAAUGCCCGAUGGCAGGCCGCCCUCUGCUGUCCUCCGCUAGGAAGGCUGUCUUACUUGCCGGAGUUGCCCACCUCCUCGCGGUUUCUUUCGCCCAGACUAGCGAAAUCACCUGCUUUGGCAUCAGCGGCCGCGGAUAUACAAACAACACACGAUGCCCCGGCUCUAAUGCUUGCUGCGGCGCUACCGCGACAUGCCUAUCGAACAGGCUCUGUCAUAAUGCUGGCGAUCCCCCAGAUUUAUGGAUUCGCGGGCCAUGCGCCGUGGAAGGAUGGGAUGGCAUGUGUGGCGAGAUCUGCCUCUACAGUAAAAUUCCGAACCCCCCUGCCAACUCAAAAGCACAAUUCCGGUAAAAUUAUUUAAUACGGACGGCGACUCACAUUUUGAACUUACUAUUAGACGAGACAGAACAAGGAGGAGGCAGGUUCCCGCGUGUGACGCCAUGCGAGAACGGGAGCCUCUGCUGCAAUAACGACCCGGGAUGCUGCUCUAACGGUCGCGGCAUCUUUCUCGACGAAAGCGGCGACAUUGUCUCCAGUCAUGUGACAGCAGCCACGACGAGCUAUCCCCCCGUUAACGGGACCGGACCUGCAAGAUUCACGGAAACGCCGAGCACCUCGAAAUCGUCAUCAACAUCAGCGUCUUCUUCGACAACCCAGACAUCUACAUCAAGCUCUACAGCCACCUCAACAGCAGCCACCUCAACGGCAGCCACCUCAACGGCAGCC